UAGUUAGUGCCAGUGAAGUGCGGGCGGCGAUGAGAGCGAAAGUUGCGCUCGGCUCGGCGCUGGGGGCUUGAAGCGGCUCCGCUCUCCGCCCGCUAGGGCCGCCCCAGCCCCAACUCGCGCCCGCGAGCUCCGGCCGCGCCCGCCCGCCUCCGCGCCCGCUCUCACCCCCCUCCCCCGGCCAGGCGCCCCCUCCUCAGGAGCAGCGAGUCCCCGCCACUUUCGCCCGCCCCGGGCCCCCGCCGAUGCCGGCCAUGGUGGAGAAGGGCCCCGAGGUCUCAGGGAAGCGGAGAGGGAGGAACAACGCGGCCAACGCGGCCGCCUCGGCCGCCGCCGCCUCGGCCGCCGCCUCGGCCGCCUCCGCCGCUGCCGCCGCCUCCUCGGCCGCCGCCGCCUCCUCGGCCACCGCCGCCUCCGCCUCGGCCGCCGCCGCCCCCAAUAAUGGGCAGAAUAAAAGUUUGGCGGCGGCGGCGCCCAAUGGCAACAGCAGCAGCAACUCCUGGGAGGAAGGCAGCUCGGGCUCGUCCAGCGACGAGGAACACGGUGGCGGCGGCAUGCGGGUCGGACCCCAGUACCAGGCGGUGGUGCCCGACUUCGACCCCGCAAAACUAGCAAGACGCAGUCAAGAACGAGACAAUCUUGGCAUGCUGGUCUGGUCACCUAAUCAGAAUCUAUCAGAAGCAAAAUUGGACGAAUACAUUGCCAUUGCUAAAGAGAAGCAUGGGUACAACAUGGAACAGGCUCUUGGGAUGCUCUUUUGGCAUAAGCAUAAUAUUGAAAAAUCAUUGGCUGAUUUGCCCAACUUUACCCCCUUCCCAGAUGAGUGGACUGUGGAAGAUAAAGUCUUAUUUGAGCAAGCCUUUAGUUUUCACGGGAAAACUUUUCAUAGAAUCCAACAAAUGCUUCCUGAUAAAUCUAUAGCAAGUCUGGUGAAAUUUUACUACUCCUGGAAGAAGACGAGGACCAAAACCAGCGUGAUGGAUCGCCACGCCCGGAAACAGAAACGGGAGCGGGAGGAAAGUGAGGAUGAACUGGAAGAAACAAAUGGAAAUAACCCCAUUGACAUUGAGAUUGAUCAAAACAAGGAAAGCAAAAAGGAGGUGCCCCCUACUGAGACAAUUCCUCAGAUCAAAAAAGAAAAACAUAGUACACAAGCUAAAAAUAGAGCAAAAAGGAAACCUCCAAAAGGAAUGUUUCUUUCUCAAGAAGACGUGGAGGCUGUUUCUGCCAAUGCCACUGCUGCUACCACGGUGCUGAGACAACUGGACAUGGAGCUGGUGUCAAUCAAACGACAGAUUCAGAAUAUUAAACAGACGAACAGUGCUCUAAAAGAAAAACUUGAUGGUGGAAUAGAACCAUAUCGACUUCCAGAGGUCAUUCAGAAAUGUAACGCACGUUGGACCACAGAGGAGCAGCUGCUCGCCGUGCAAGCCAUCAGGAAGUAUGGCCGAGAUUUUCAGGCAAUCUCAGAUGUGAUUGGGAACAAAUCAGUGGUACAAGUGAAAAACUUUUUUGUAAAUUAUCGACGCCGCUUCAACAUCGAUGAAGUUUUACAAGAAUGGGAGGCAGAACAUGGGAAAGAAGAAGCCAAUGGUCCCGGUGACCAGAAACCCGUAACGUCCCCGGAUAAUUCUGUCAAGAUGCCUGAAGAGGAAGAUGAGGCUGCUUCUGUUCUUGACGUCAGAUACGCAUCUGCCUCAUGAGAAACUGGUGGCUUUGAGCACUUGGUAUGGACGACGGUGUUAUCCAGGAUUCAGGUAUUACAGGACAUCACCUAGCCAUCCGCAUCACAUCUCUGUGGACAAGCAGCUAUUACCAAAAAGGCAUACACUUCCAGUCCUGUGCUACAUCGGCCUUAAUUCUCUGCUCGUUCCUCCGUGUUGGCGCCGCUUCCCAGAGAGCUCUUUGCGUCUCUUGCUCUGCCUGAGUGGGGGGGUCCCGCGGCCUGCGCGCCGCCUGCGACCCUGGGGACCCCCGGCCCAGCC